CUCUCGUUGGUGCGGAAAGUGCCUCAAGCCCCCCACGUGGACUUUCUAAGACUGGUAAAGUCCUGUGUCCCAGCGGCACUGGUAAACAGGAGUAUGGAUAUAUAAAAGUCAGUCCACUCCAAAGGUUAGUGGAUUUGGCCACGAGUGGCUGUGCUGUGUUGGCUUACUACUCCUGCCGCAGGUUCUUCUACACUUCCAUACAGGCCGAUGGGAACCCUACGACGGCGCCCACUUUCUUAUUCAUCGACGGUGGCCCCGGUUCAAGCAGCAUAUCACCUACGCUGCGGAUGAAUGGGCCAUGCCUUAUGUCUCCGACUUCCAAACACCUGGUUACGAACACGUUCUCCUGGACGAGAGGAACUAAUGGUAUCUGGGUCGAUGCACCGGUACCUGCGGGGUUCAGCAUAGGACCUGUGGAGAGUGGAUGGGAUAAUUUGAUGCAGAGCUU